AUGACCCAGCCUGAACAGCAGCACUCACAACUCCCGCCCGAGUACAGGCAAGCCCUCCUUGAACAACAACAAAAGCAGCAACAACAACAACAACAACAAGUCCCUGCUGCACCCCCGACGUUACAAGAGAUCGAAAGCAAGCACUCGCAGCUCCCGCCGCAGUACCGACAGGCUGUUUUGGAACAGCAGCAACGGGAACAUCAACAACGUCUACUGCAGCAACAACAACCUCAACAACCUCAACAACCAAACACCUCCUCGAGACCCGAUACCCAACGACUCUACCAGUCAGCCUCCGUCUCGUCCUCACCUACCGGGAAGCCUAGCCCCAACGGCGCUAAAAGCCUAGUCGCUCGUCGGGCUGGUGCGAAUGCGUCGCAUCAACGCAUUGUCUCGGCCCCUCUCAUGAGUUCCCACCGGUCCGACCGCAACGAGGCCUAUUCGAAUGCAACUAGUCCCGGCCGUGCCCACUGGAAGCCCGACAGCAGCACCCAGGUUUGCACCUGGCCAGGCUGUCUCCGCGAGUUUGGCUUCUUUGACCGCCGACACCACUGCAGGAGAUGCGGCGAUAUCUUUUGCAGCGCUCAUUGCUCAAAAGCAGUUCCACUGGAUCAGGCAUUGGAUUUCAACCCGGCCAUGGGCGUUACCAGCAGAGCCUGUACAGGAUGCUUCGAGGCCUAUGAGCAGUGGCAAGGUUUGAUCCCCUCCAACGGCACCACUUUUACCAGUCAACAGAGUGCGAGGGGAACCUUUGGAUCUGUUUCAGACAGCCACAUCCCCAGCGAGUACUCGACCCUCAAGGGAUCGCCUCUGAGCAAGCCAGCGGGAUUGUCGCCUUCCCGCAAGAACACUGGACAUAUCCCAGACGGACUUCUUGCAGGCAGCACCUCUUCAAACGAGACUCUGGGUCGCGAUGAUACGGUGCGGCUCCCAAAGUCAGCAUCGGACAACAUCGCUAUCAAGACACGGCCCGUUCAAGACACAUCUAACAUGCCAAUGCCUUCUGUCCCUCACGACUGGUCUUGGAGCACCUUCUAA